AUGGCUGCCUCCUCCAACUCUAAGCCAUUACUGGUCAGCGACCUCGUUUCACAUAAUAAAAUCGAUCAACUUCCUUCCAACUUCAUCCGCUCCAUCGCCCAACGCCCAAAUCUUCAGAAUGUUUCCCAUGAUUCCAUCCCCUUAAUCGAUCUCCAUCAUCUCGAAGGUCCUGAACGCUCCACCGUCGUCGAUCAAAUCGGCCAAGCAUGCCGUCACCAUGGCUUCUUCCAGGUCAAGAAUCAUGGAGUACCGGAAUCCGCCGUAGCCAACAUGAUGCAGGUCGCUAGAGAAUUUUUUGGGUUGCCGGAAGAAGAAAGACUCGAGACUUACUCCGACGACCCCACCAAGACAACAAGACUAUCCACCAGCUUUAAUAUACGAACCGAAAAGGUUGCUAACUGGAGAGAUUUCUUGMGACUCCAUUGUUACCCGCUCGAGAACUACAUCCAUGAAUGGCCCACCAACCCAUCUUCCUUUCGGGACCAAGUGGCGGAGUAUUGCCGGAAAACAAGAGAGUUAUCACUCCGAUUGAUUGAAGCCAUUUCAGAGAGUUUGGGUCUCGAAAGGGAUUACAUCAKCAAACAAYUGGGGAACCAUGGUCAGCAUAUGGCYUUGAAUUACUACCCRCCAUGCCCACAACCAGAUUURACCUACGGAUUGCCUGGACAUACUGAUGCUAAUCUGAUCACCAUUCUUCUUCAAGAUGAUGUUGCAGGUCUUCAGGUUUUGAGAAAUGAUCAAUGGGUUGCUGUUGAUCCUGUUCCCAACACCUUCAUCGUCAACAUUGGUGAUCAAAUGCAGGUAUUGAGCAAUGAUAAAUACAAGAGCAUUUUGCAUCGAGCUGUGGUGAACUGUGAAAAAGAACGCAUAUCGAUUCCHACGUUUUACUGCCCAUCGCCGGAUGCAGUGAUCGGACCUGCUCCAGAAUUGGUAACCGAYGAUCAGCCUGCUGUUUACAGCCAAUUCACAUAUGAAGAAUACUACAAUAAGUUCUGGAACAGAGGGCUCGCAACCGAAAGCUGCUUGGAUAUGUUCUUGAAGCUUUGAGCUUCGAUUUCUACAACUCUUUUCGGUUUUAGUUUCUGAUUUGAUCUAUCUUUAAAGAACCCUUGUACUGCAUCUUUUUCAUCAAUAAACUCGUUUUUCAGC